AUGGAAAGAAAAAAUGAAAAAGAGAAAAAAAAUACCACAGAAUGCGUUAACUGCACUCUCCUGGCCUUUACUACUUCCAGCACUCUCCUGGCCUUUACUACUUCCAGCACUCUCUUGGCCUUUACUACUUCAGCACUCUCCUGCCUCCUGGCCUUUACUACUUCCAGCACUCUCCUGGCCUUUACUACUUCCAGCACUCUCCUGGCCUUUACUACUUCCAGCACUCUCCUGGCCUUUACUACUUCCAGCACUCUCUUGGCCUUUACUACUUCCAGCACUCUCCUGGCCUUUACUACUUCCAGCACUCUCCUGGCCUUUACUACUUCCAGCACUCUCCUGGCCUUUACUACUUCCAGCACUCUCCUGGCCUUUACUACUUCCAGCACUCUCCCUGGCCUUUACUACUUCCAGCACUCUCCUGGCCUUUACUACUUCCAGCACUCUCUGGCCUUUACUACUUCCCAGCACUCUCUUGGCCUACUUCCAGCACUCUCCUGGCCUUUACUACUUCCAGCACUCUCCUGGCCUUUACUACUUCCAGCACUCUCCUGGCCUUUACUUUCCAGCACUCUCCUGGCCUUUUACUACUUCCAGCACUCUCCUGGCCUUUACUACUUCCAGCACUCUCCUGGCCUUUACUACUUCCAGUACAACUAUUGCCCUCUGUUACAUCAGACCACCACUGACUUUUGGCAUUACUAA